AUGGCCACACUCCUGAAGUGGGCCACAAAGGCCCUUAAACGGCCCUUGCCUCCCAUGUGUUUUCCCACCAGCAGCUUCGAGAUUGUCCGUCCCUCAGAGGUCCUUGAAGAGGAACGGUUUGAGCAGUUCAAAAAAGGGCGAUAUUAUCCAGCUAAUAUUGGCGAUGUGAUUAGUUCCAAAUACCAGAUCAUUGGCAAACUUGGUUUUGGGACUACUUCUACAGUAUGGCUUGCUCGUGAUCUUGAAGGGCAUCAAUAUGUGACACUCAAAAUCUACACGCGGGAUGAAGGUAAUCAGGAAGAGUUCCAGAUCUACAAGCAACUGAAUCAGGGGAGUUCAUGGCACCCUGGCCACCCUCAUAUAAGAAAAGCACUGGAUCUCUUCACAAUUCCUCGUUCUGGCGGGGACCAUCCGUGUCUUGUGCAGAAACCAAUGUGGGAGAGCUUUAGGGAUCUACUAUAUCGUAAUCCCAGCCAUCGAUUUACUGAAGAUCUACUCAAAGCUGGUCUAAUGCAGAUCUUCCUUGCCCUUGACUAUCUACACACCGAAUGCAAGCUUGUCCACACCGACAUCAAAAGCGAUAAUAUUCUCCAAGAUAUAGAAGACAAGUCAAUACUUGAAAGUUUUACCCAGGCCGAACUAAAGAACCCUUCACCCCGCAAAAUCGUCAAUGGGUUGCCGGUAUAUGCUUCCCGGCGUUUCGACUUGCCGAAGGUGUUUGGCCGAGCAGUGCUAAGUGAUUUUGGCUCUGCUGUACGGGGAGACGAGAGGAGAAAUCACGAUGCACAGCCAAACAUUUAUAGAUCACCGGAAGUGAUGCUAAAGACGGAUUGGAGUUACCCUGUCGACAUCUGGAAUGUCGGUGUGAUGGUGUGGGAUCUGUUUGAGGGGAGACAUCUUUUCUACGGAAAUGACCCGGAUGGCAAAGGAUACUCAACCCGGGCACAUCUUGCAGAAGUCAUGCGAAUUUUAGGGCCACCGCCUUUAGAUAUGCUCCGGCGUGGAAAACGAAGCCAUGAAUUCUUUACUGAUGAUGGAAAAUGGAAGCAAGACAUAGAGAUCCCGACAGGAGUCAGUUUGGAACUGUCGGAAGAGUUCCUCGAGGGAAGAAACAAGGAGAUGUUUAUAGCUUUCAUGAGAGGGAUGCUUCAGUGGCGGCCUGAAGCUAGGAAGACAGCCAAGGAUCUACUCGAGGAUCCAUGGCUGAAUGAUCAGAUGGAGUAG